UGGCACGAUGAAGAAGAGAGACGAUUUCCCUCCAAUGGGAGAGGAGGGCGUUGUCGUUGCGUAAUAGAUUUGACUGUCCCCUUCAAUUUGAUUCACUACACAAAAUGGGGAGCGUGAAUUGAACUCCAGACCGGGAAAAGGCACACUCGCUAUGGAAAACAGGCAAUUCUGUAGUUGGUGGUCAGGGGUUCCAAUCCAAGACAGCGAACAGAAAGCCACAGCUGCAGCAGCCCAGUGUUCUGCUGCUCCUUUCUGGAGCAAAUUUUCAUGCGGCAUUUACUGCGCUGUCGCAAUCGCCGCAUUAUGUUGCUUCUACACCCUUCGCUUGUACAAGAACAAAAAGAAGGUGCAGCGGAAUCAGCCGGGAGCCUCGAUGAUGGAGCAGCUUGUACCUGAAAUAACGACGCAUGCUCUAAGUUAUUUGGAUUACCAAAGCUUGUGCCGUCUCUCCAUGACAAACUCUUCCAUGCGCAGGGCGGCCAAUGAUGACAAUGCCUGGAGAGCCCUGUAUCACCAGGACUUCACAACAGAGCAGGAUGAUGUUUUCCCACCCAAUGGGUGGAAAUCAUACUACGCAGCGACAAAAGCAGUUACAGCUGUGAAUACAGACUACUACAGAAUACUGAGAGAAAAAAAUAGAGUGCACAUGAGGCACCUUUGGCGAAGAGCGGAUUAUGUAAAGUGUAUUCAUCCAGGCGGUCCACUUUUAACUGGGUACGAGGCUGUGAUGGAGAGCUGGGAACAAGUUUUGAACUCGGAUCAACAAUAUGAUUGUCAGGUACGUGUCGUACGGAUGAGAGUCGAUCGCGGCAUAGCAUGGGUAACAUUGAUGGAGUACGUAAAUGCUGUAGUGGAACCAUUUCUAGUAACAAAUGUAUAUGAAUUUCAUGAUGAAAAAUGGUUUAUGGUUCAUCAUCACAGUUCACUAUUAACCAUAGCUGGUGCAGUUGAUCCUGGGAUAUUUGGAGGUUAACUAUAUGGCAUGGGUAGAUUGAGUAUUACUGUAGAUCGUUAAAAGUUAAUAUUUUCCAACUGAUAAAUCCUUUUUCUUCCUACUUUCCAGUAGGUCUCAUUCUUUGGGUUUGACCUCACUUUUCGCUAUAAGUCUUCUAAAAAUGAAUUUGUUUUUUUUUUGUUAACAUUUGGGAGGUUUUGUUUGGGCAUCUAAAUGCUUAUAUGUAGGUCAAUGUAAGUCCAGUUGCCCUUCUGGAACAAGUAUAUGAAAGGCGGCUAUCUUCUGUAAGUUCUACCAAGUUUAUGAAGUGAUGUGUAGAGAUUCUGUAAAAUAAGUUUGCAGCUCCAAAUAUUUUUGCUAGUAAAGGUCUCAAGGUCAAAUAAAUGGCCUAGUUUUGUCAUGGUUUGUUUCCAACUCUCUACAUUUUUUCAUACAAAACCUAUCUGGUUACUUUAUUGCUGGCGUGAUGCAGUCAAUCAUGUUAAACAGUUACGUGGCAGCAAAGUCAAGGAAAUUGAUGUUCUGCUGAAGUGAUCUGAACAGUCUGUUUCAGAAAAGUAUAAUUUUUGAUUGAAAUAUGAUGAUAAGUCUCUCUUCUGAUCUCUCAA